AUUCCCUCCCUCUACUUCAUCCCCUUCGUAUUUCUUUUUACCCCGUUCGAUUCUGCGCAACAGAUCAUCGUCUUUGUUGCUUCUGAAUCGUCGAUUUCUGUCCUUGAUCUUCGUUCCCGCCAUUUCCUUUGCUUGCCAUUGUUCAUCGCAAUUCUUCUAAUUUGUCUACGGAUCGCCGCUCUUUUGUCUUGCAGGUAUUGAAGGUUCCCGCAACCAUGAGUAAGCUUCAGAGUGAGGCACUGAGGGAGGCAAUCUCGACGAUCAGGACUAAAUCAGCAGAGAAGCCACGCAAGUUCACAGAGACUGUGGAGCUCCAGAUUGGGCUGAAGAACUAUGAUCCUCAGAAGGACAAGCGGUUCAGUGGGUCGGUUAGGUUGCCCCACAUUCCCCGCCCCAAGAUGAAGGUGUGCAUGCUUGGAGAUGCCCAGCAUGUUGAAGAGGCAAAGGCACUGAAUCUGGAAUACAUGGAAGUGGAGAGUUUGAAGAAGCUCAACAAGAACAAGAAGCUGGUGAAGAAGCUUGCAAAGUCAUACCAUGCAUUUUUGGCCUCUGAAUCUGUUAUCAAGCAGAUUCCUCGUCUUCUUGGCCCUGGCCUGAACAAGGCAGGCAAGUUCACCAAACAGAGAAAGUUCCCUACCCUCGUCUCCCAUCAAGAGUCCCUGGAGGCUAAAGUGAACGAGGUCAAGGCAACGGUGAAGUUCCAGCUGAAGAAGGUCUUGUGCAUGGGCGUCGCUGUUGGAAACUUGGACAUGGACGAGAAGCAGAUCUUCCAGAACGUUCAGAUGAGCAUCAACUUCCUUGUCUCCCUGCUGAAGAAGAACUGGCAGAAUGUUAAAGUGCUGAACUUGAAGACUACGAUGGGUACUCCCGUGAGAAUCUUCUGAGCAGGCGCCGGGUGGUGGUCUCUUAGGAUAUUGUUUUAGUGGGGGGCUGGCUGUGUAGGAUUUGAAAAGAAACCAUAUAGGCUUGUUUGGCACCUGGGAAUGUUGUUACAUCAGAGAGUGCAGAAGGUUGGGUGGGACUUGCAGUUCGUUAAGAAAAUUGUUCUUUCUCCGCUACAUUGUUUACUUUUAGUGCCAACACUUUUAUGAACAUACUGCAGAAGAGGAAGCUCAAUUCUUCUUCCUCAUAUUUUGCCUUGCGAUUUAAAGCUUCUUGUAUGGUCCCCUGGACCUAUUAGCUAUAUCCGCUUGGCUGCAAAGUUAGGCUUGCCCUGUUGCUAAUCAUAUAAUUUACGAGUUAUUAGUACCAACUACCAAC